AUGUCUUCAAUCAAUUAAGAAGCAUAAUUAAGAAAACAUUCAGAUGUUACUGCUGUCUUCUAAAAUUAAUUUAAUGAAUAUGAACUAGAUCAAUAUUUUGAUAACAUUCCACCACCAGCCUUAUAAAAAUAUAGGUAAUAAUCAUCAAAUACUAUAAAUAUAGAAGCAAUUUCUCAGAAUAAGACUUCUUUAUCAAUGAAAAGUUGUAGAACACAAAUGAUUAUGAUUAGGAACAAGAAUUAGGAAUUUCUAUAAAUAGUAAUUAAGAUGAAGAAAAACAUUAAACAACCAGUUUCCAUCAAUUUGAAUUAAUUAAUAUAAAUAAUUAGAAAAAUAAUGUAAAAGAAAAGAGAAAUAGAAAAAAAACCCAUUAUAAUGUAAAUAUUUGUAUAAAAGUAUGUUAGGAAUUUUUUGAUUAUGAUGUGAAUGAAUACUAAUAAAGUAAUUCACCUUGUAAAUGCAAUAAAUCACAUUGUUUAUUAUUGUAUUGUACUUGUUUCCAUAAAAAUAUUGAAUGUUCUGAAAAGUGUUAAUGUCAUGAUUGUCAUAAUAAUUAAGAUUAUUCUUAAAUCAGAAAAUAAGCUUUAGAGAAAGUGAAAAUAAAGUAAUAAAGACUUAAAAAUGAUGAUGAUUUAUUUGAUAAGACAACUAUCUGGGGAUGUCAAUGUAAGAAAUCAUAAUGUAAAAAAAACUAUUGUGAAUGUUUUAUCAGAAAUAAAAAAUGUUCUUCUCUUUGUAAAUGUAAUAAUUGUCAAAAUAAAAAGAGAAUACCAAACUUUAAAAAAAUAAUGAAAUCUAAAUACUGA